AUGUUCUCAUCAAAGAAACGCUCAGCGCACGUGCCUGUUGUUGUUGUGAGAACCACAUCAAAUCCAGGACUGAAUACUGGAGGGAACGCCAUGAGGGACAUCACUGCAGUAUUUUGGACCGUUUUAGUGUUGGUAAAACUUCAGCUCGGAGCCUUGAGUUCAGAGCGCUUUGUGGAUCUCUCAAACAGAAACCUCUCCACUGUCCCGAGUGACCUGCCGCACACAGUGGAGCACUUAGAUCUGUCCUGCAACCGCAUCAGACGACUGACCAGAGGAGCGUUCACAAAUACUACACAGCUCAGGUUCCUGAACGUGUCCUGGAACAACUUGGAAACUAUAGAUCCAGAGAGUGAGUGGUGUCAUUACGAGCUGUACUUCGCCACACACCAGCGGCUGGUUCGAGGUCCGGAUAGUGUGGUGUUGGUUUUGCUUGAGCCUUUGCCAGAAUAUUUGAUUCCGUCCAAGUACCACCAGCUGAAGUCCAUGAUGAGGAGACACACCUACUUGGAGUGGCCCCCGGAAAAGGCCAAGCAGAGGCUGUUUUGGGCAAAUCUCCGAGCAGCUUUACAGUCUGACAUACCCAGUGCACCUGUGACUGAGCUAGAAGAUUAA